AUGAAAGCUUCGCAGCCAUCCCUCACUGUGGCGUACUUGGUCCUCCUCCUCGCUUCCUCCGGUCUGGUCCUGUCCCUGGUUGCCCUGGUUGGUGUUUGGUGGCAUGGGAAGAUCAAUCCGGAUUUGUUUGGAGGAGCGAUUCAGGGCCGAGGAAGUCUUAGUCUCUGGGACUUCACCACCUCAGCAGAUCUACUGGGAAUCAGACUUCCUCAGACCUUCAUGAGCUUGGACUCGAGCACCUGUGCCGGGCAUUCGCCAGUCUUUGACACUGAGGAGAUGUGCUCUAAGCUCCAUGCAAUCAGAGGACUGGUGAUCUCUUCAGUGGUUUUCAUGAGUUUGACCCUUCUUGCUGCAACUGGCGCCCUAUUUGCUGCCGGCGGCUGCUGCAGGGGUAAUCACAAAGUCAGGAGUCAGCUGACAACAUCUUUCUUGUCCGUGGCAUCUUUUGCUUGCAUGCUGGGUGCACUAGCCGUGGGCGCAUCUGCAGAUACAGCACACAUGAUGAAGGAGUUUGGUGGUAUGGGCUCAGCUUUCUAUUGUGCCGUGGCCCAAGUCUUUGUAGGGCUGCUGCUGGCCAAUAUCUCAUGUUUGGGUGGGUCUGCACCUGAGAUGGAGCCCCGUCCAACUGCUCGGCGCCAAUUUGGCGCUUCGCAGGGCACUGAGGUGCUGCCUGACGAAAGGGGAUGCCAGAGCCAUGCCCAGCGAGGGAUCUGA